UCCCAGCUGCCAGAGGUACAGAACAAUGAUCCCGAGUUCCUCAAGUCCAUUGUUGCCAGUUCAGAGGAAAACGCUGCCAAGUUGAGCAACAUCACCAAAGAGCUCUGCCCCAUCUCUCUACGGCUGCAGGGUGAGGAUGGCAGUGUCUGGAACUACAAGCCCCCAGCAAACGGAUCGGGGAAAGAGAUCAUUUCUUUGUUGCCCCACAUGGCUGACAUGUCAACCUACAUGUUCAAAGGCAUCAUCAAUUUUGCUAAAGUCAUCUCCUAUUUCCGAGAACUGCCUAUUGAGGACCAGAUUUCUCUCUUGAAAGGGGCCACGUUUGAGCUGUGCCUGCUGCGCUUCAACACAGUGUUCAACGCGGAGACUGGGUCCUGGGAGUGUGGCCGCCUUUCCUACUACUUAGAUCGUGAAGGCAC